AUGAACCCGUUAUUCGGUCCCAAUCUCUUCCUCCUGCCACAGGAGCAGCAGGGCCUUGCCGGGCCUCUCGGGGGCCCCCCACUGGGUAGCGGCGACUAUUUGGGUGGGGGUGGGGAGCUGCCUACGGGCCCGGCGGCGGCGUCGGCUGCGGCGGUCCCCACAGGCUUUUCCCCUUGGGAGCCGCUGGCGCUGGCCGGCCCGGGCCCAGCGCCCUCGCCGCCGCCCGCCGCCAUGGCCCUCCGCAACGACCUAGGCUCCAACAUCAACGUGUUGAAGACGCUGAACCUGCGCUUCCGUUGUUUCCUGGCCAAAGUGCACGAGCUGGAACGGCGCAACCGGCUCCUAGAGAAGCAGCUGCAGCAGGCGCUGGAAGAUGGGCAGCAGGGCCGGCGGGGCACGGCGCGCCGCGACCAGGCUGUACAGACCGGUUUCAUCAGCCCCAUCCGGCCCCCCGGGCUGCCCCUUGGAGCCCGACCGGCCACACGAGGCCUCAGCUCCCCCGCACGCUCGCCCGCGGUCCCGCUGACGCCCAGCACCCAGGGCCUCUCGUCGUCACCCGCUGCCGCGCUCGCCCCGCUGUCCUCCGCAUCCCACUCUACGGUCUCAUCCGCCCCCUACUCCUCGUCGGCCCGCUUCAUGCCUGGCACCAUCUGGUCCUUCUCGCAUGCCCGCAGACUUGGACCGGGACUGGAACCCACCCUGGUGCAGGGGCCUGGCCUGUCGUGGGUACACCCUGAUGGGGUGGGGGUGCAGAUAGACACCAUCACCCCCGAGAUCCGGGCUCUCUACAAUGUGUUGGCCAAGGUGAAGCGGGAACGGGACGAGUACAAGCGGAGGUGGGAAGAGGAAUAUACAGUUCGGGUGCAGCUGCAAGAGCGAGUGAAUGAGCUUCAGGAGGAAGCUCAGGAAGCUGAUGCCUGCCAGGAGGAGCUCGCUAUGAAGGUGGAGCAACUCAAAGCUGAGUUGGUGGUCUUCAAAGGACUCAUGAGUAAUAACCUGACUGAACUGGACACAAAGAUUCAGGAGAAAGCCAUGAAAGUAGACAUGGACAUCUGUCGUCGCAUAGACAUCACUGCCAAACUGUGUGAUGUGGCCCAGCAGCGCAACUGUGAGGACAUGAUCAAGAUGUUCCAGAAGAAGCUGUCUCUGCACUUGUCUCCCAUUAAGGUCCCAUCCAUGGGGGGGCGGAAGCGGGAUCGAAAGCCUGUCAUCGAGGAGGACACCUCCGUGUCUGAGAGUGAUGGGCCCCACCAGCCCGAUGGGGAGGAGGAUGAGAGCACAGCCCUGAGCAUCAAUGAGGAGAUGCAGCGUAUGCUCAACCAGCUGCGGGAGUAUGAUUUUGAGGACGACUGUGACAGCCUGACUUGGGAGGAGACCGAGGAGACGCUGCUACUCUGGGAGGAUUUCUCAGGCUAUGCCAUGGCAGCUGCAGAGGCCCAGGGAGAGCAGCAGGAGGACAGCCUGGAGAAGGUGAUUAAGGACACAGAAUCUCUGUUCAAAACUCGGGAGAAGGAAUACCAGGAGACCAUCGACCAGAUAGAGCUGGAGCUGGCCACGGCCAAGAACGACAUGAACCGGCACCUCCACGAGUACAUGGAGAUGUGUAGUAUGAAGAGAGGCCUCGACGUGCAGAUGGAGACCUGCCGCCGCCUCAUCACCCAGUCUGGGGACCGAAAGUCUCCUGCUUUCUCCGUGGUCCAACCUAGUGAACCGCCACCGAGUGAGACGGAUGACUCUGAUCGAGACCUCUCAUCUGAUAGUUCCAUGAGAUAGGGGGUUUGCCUCCAUUCUAGGUCCCCCUUAACAUCUCCCCCACCACUGAAACGACAUGCACUGGAGAUGGGGGAAAGCAGACGUCACCAGGACCUUCAGUUUGGUGUGGAGAUGAUUCCUUAGCCCUUUUCCCUGGGGAGAUGUCACAGAAUUCUACUUGUCCCCUUGCACCAAACGAGCCCAGUCCUAGGGUGCUGGGGAGCACUCGCUCCCUUACGUCUUCCUCAUCGCCUCCAGUUUUCGGUGGUGGGUUCUGGUCUCAUCUCAGACUCUCAGCAAAGUGGGGCAUUCCGGAGUCUUCAGUAAUCGGUGCCCCCUGCUGCCUCACACUGAGAAGUAUUAACAAGACUCAUAUGGUGUAUGAUGGUUCCCUACAUCCUCCAUCAUCCCCAUUGCUGCUGCCUAGAGUCAGAUGACUGUUUCUAGUCCCCAUACUGGUGCUAACUGGCCCAUGUACUGGUGUAAACUGGACCAAGCCAGGAGUCUCAGGGCCAGUGAAAUAUGCUUAGUAUGGAGGAAAACAGGGCUAAAGAUUGGGGGCUCUGCCAUUCCCCGUAUCCACUGCUGGCUGCAGUGUGUGUAAUUGAUAUGUAUGGGUGUGUUUUCUUCUCCCAUAGAGGUACCAUGUAUUAAAAGGGCCUUGAUACCUGCC